GAUCAAAUAAGUCACUAGAUGGCUGCAAAGAGCUGGUUAUCAAAACGGAACAUUUGAAACGUCGUAUGUUGCCAAGGGAAACUUUACGGGGACGUACUGAUUUGUCGUCAACACCAAAGUGUCCUACAUGCCUUCACUCUGAGCACUGACGGCCAGCAGUCAAGCAUGAAUGUGAACCAGGGGACGGUGGGCAGCGACCCGGUCAUUCUGGCCACGGCUGGAUACGACCACACUGUCCGGUUCUGGCAGGCUCACAGCGGGAUCUGCACCAGGACAGUCCAGCACCAGGACUCCCAAGUGAAUUCACUUGAGGUCACACCUGACAGGAGCAUGAUUGCAGCUGCAGGUUAUCAGCACAUCCGCAUGUACGACCUGAACUCCAACAACCCCAACCCGGUGAUCAACUACGAUGGCGUUAGCAAGAACAUCACGUCUGUGGGCUUCCAUGAAGACGGCCGCUGGAUGUACACAGGAGGAGAGGACUGCAUGGCUCGCAUAUGGGACCUGAGGUCGAGAAAUCUACAGUGUCAAAGGAUAUUCCAGGUCAAUGCUCCGAUAAACUGCGUAUGCCUGCAUCCUAACCAGGCAGAGCUCAUUGUCGGAGACCAGAGUGGAGUGAUUCAUGUCUGGGAUCUGAAGACCGACCACAACGAACAGCUGAUUCCUGAGCCAGAGGUCUCGGUCAACUCCGUUCACAUUGACCCAGAUGCCAGUUACAUGGCAGCGGUCAACAGCUCGGGAAACUGUUAUGUGUGGAACCUUGCUGGAGGCAUCGGCGAUGAGGUGACUCAGCUCAUCCCCAAGACUAAGAUCCCCGCACACAAACGCUACUCCCUCCGCUGCAAGUUUAGCCCCGAUUCCACCCUGUUGGCCACCUGCUCAGCAGACCAGACCUGUAAGAUCUGGAGGACGUCCAACUUCUCCCUGAUGACGGAGCUGAGCAUCAAGAGCAACAAUCCCGGAGAGACGUCCAGAGGCUGGAUGUGGGACUGCGCUUUCUCUGGAGACUCCCAGUAUAUUGUCACUGCCUCCUCAGACAACCUGGCCCGUCUGUGGUGCGUGGAGACCGGGGAGAUCAAGAGGGAGUACAGCGGCCACCAGAAGGCCGUGGUGUGUCUGGCCUUCAAUGACAGCGUGCUGGGCUGAGGAGGAGGACGAGGAGGACGAGGAGGAAAGAGAUGAACAGACAGGAGAUGGCAGGCAGUCUGUGCAGAGGUGAAACAAGGACAGAAAAGUAUGGACUCUUUGCAGGAUGCGCCUCAAUUGGGAAUUAUUAAUAAUUUCCCCAGAAAUGAUCAUCUUGAGAAAGUGGAGACUUGUGUUUGAACAUCACGAUGAAUCUCAGCUGCGCGUUCCAAGAUUUCUACCGUGCUCUUUCAUGCCAGAUGCCCUUAAGUACUCGGCAUAGCAGCAGAGCCGAAAUAUCUUAAAGGGCCAAGCACACCAUUUUGCACCAAAUAUAAGCCGUUGUAUGGGAAAACUUCUGUACCAAGGUUGUAGAAUUCGGUAUAAGUCAGAUUCAAAUAGAAAGUAUUCUUCAACAACCCUAGAUGUUUUUAACCUCAUCGCUCUGUGCACAAUAGGAGAGCCUCUCAACUCUUUGUUUUUAUAGUGCACCAUAUUUAUUGUAUCAACCACAUUUCACUUCAACUUGGAUGUGCAGCGGAAUUGAUUUAUUCCUCAUGUGUGAUAAUGUGUAAUUCAUUCGAUACUCUUUAUUCCAGGUUAAGUCAUGCUAUUCCUAAUAAUCCAAUGUGCAUUAGGAAGUGUCAAGAGAAAAUGAUGUACAGAAAUUGAUUCCGCAGUAAAGUCCUUACAGUCUUUGA